CUCUCUAAGACAGAGUUUGAGGAAAUGGCUGAGGUGGCGGCGAAGGUCGACGAACUUGCUCCAUUUCCGGUGAAGGAGCAGCUUCCGGGCAUCGCUUAUUGUCUAACGAGCCCUCCUCCUUGGCCGGAAGCUGUGCUUUUAGGGUUCCAGAAUUACCUCGUAAUGCUUGGAACAACCGUCCUCAUACCUACUAUUCUUGUUCAACAAAUGGGUGGUGGCCAUGAGGAGAAAGCGAGAGUGAUCCAGACGAUUCUAUUCGUAGCUGGGAUCAAUACUCUGCUGCAAUCAUGGCUGGGAACUCGGCUUCCCGUCGUGAUUGGGGGAUCCUUCACUUACAUCCUUCCAACGGCCUCCAUUAUCCUCAGUGAGCGCUUCGCCGAUAUUGUAGACCCGUAUGAGAGGUUCGUGCAUACAAUGAGGGCGAUACAGGGUGCUCUUAUAGCUGCUUCUAGUUUUCAGAUAAUUGCUGGGUUUUGUGGCGUAUGGAGGAUAUCAAUAAGGUUUCUUAGCCCUCUUGCUGCUGUACCCAUCGUGACCUUUGCAGGGCUUGGACUUUUUAACUUUGGCUUUCCUAUUGUGACAAAAUGUGUUGAGAUUGGGCUUCCUGCUCUUUUAUUAUUUGUAGUGCUUUCACAGUAUGUUCCACCUGCCAUCAGUCAAAGGAGACUAAUCUUUGAUCGCUUUUCGGUUAUUUUUACGGUUUCGAUCAUAUGGUUAUCUGCACAUAUUCUUACUGUUUCUGGUGCAUACAAGCAUAGCUCUCCAACAACUCAAUUCAGUUGUCGAACCGAUCGUGCUGGACUUAUAGGAGCCUCCCCAUGGAUAAGAAUUCCAUAUCCAUUUCAAUGGGGAGCUCCAACCUUUAAUGUUGGGGAUGCGUUUGCCAUGAUGGCAGCUUCAUUUGCAUCUUGUGUUGAGUCAACAGGCGCCAUGGUUGCUGCAUCAAGGUUAUCAAGUUCAACUUUUGUGCCACCUUCUGUUUUCAGUCGGGGUGUUGGAUGGCAGGGUGUAGGUAUAUUGCUGGGUGGGAUGUUUGGAACUGCUAAUGGCUCUGCAACAUCUAUUGAAAAUGUUGGCCUUUUGGGUUUGACUCGCGUUGGGAGCAGAAGAGCUGUGGAAUUAUCGGCUUUCUUCAUGAUUUUCUUCUCUACUUUAGGAAAGUUUGGGUCAUUGAUUGCUUCAAUUCCGCUGCCACUUGCUGCUGCACUGAACUGUGUCCUCUUUGGUUACGUAGCUGCUGCUGGACUUGGCUUCCUUCAGUUCUGUAAUCUAAACAGUUUGAGAACUUUGUUCGUGCUGGGCUUUUCUUUGUUUUUUGGCUUAUCGAUACCAGAAUAUUUCAAGGAAUUUCAUGCAGUGUCUGGAUAUGGCCCCGUCCAUACUCGAGCAAGAGCAUUCAAUGAUAUAGUAGAUGUGAUAUUUUCUUCACCAGCAACAGUGGCAGCUAUGGUAGCUUAUUUCCUGGACAGCACGCUCUUGCGGACUGAUGCCGAGACCCGAACAGAUCGAGGUUGGCAAUGGUGGGAGAAGUUCAGAUCUUUCAAAACAGAUACCAGAAGUGAAGAGUUUUAUUCCCUUCCUUUCAACCUGGACAAGUUCUUCCCUUCAGUCUAG